CAGGCAGUUAGACGGUAGUUCUCUCUCUCCCACCACUAGUGAUAUACAAAGGAUGCUAUGGAGUUAUACGAUUAGCAAAAGUUAAAGAUGCCUGUGAAAAGGGGUCAUGUCGUACCCCAAAAUACCUUUAUCGAUAGUAUCAUAAGGAGGUUUGAUGGUUUAAAUCGGAAAUUUUUAGUUGCUAAUGCACAGAUCGAGAACUAUCCAAUUAUUUAUUGUAACGAUGGUUUUUGUGAAAUGGUGGGUUAUACGAGAGGAGAACUUAUGCAGAGAUCUUGUAUGUGCGAAUUUCUACACGGCCCCCUUACGAGUACACAAGCUGUAGCUCACAUCAGAGAAACUCUUGAUGCCUUUCAGGAAAGACAACUAGAAAUUCUCUAUUACAAGAAGGACGGUAAGUAAAUUUCUUGUAAGAUUUUGACGUAUUAAUUCAAAAAUUAAUGAAAAACUCGCGUUAAUUAAUUAAAAACAUAAAUUUAAACACGCAUGUUCGUGCUAUUGGUGGAUUUAAACGAAACGAAUACGAAAAGAGGCGUUACCGAAAUCUGAUUGGUUUCUAUCAAAUGUAAUGGAUAAACAUUAUUGGUUUAAAUCAAUUUCUGGCUUAAUCUGCAUAAUAUAUGUAAUUAGGUGUUAGUGAGGCUGUGAUUGGUUUAUCCUAAUGAAUUUUAGUUUAUGGGCGUUACAGAAAAUGUACAGAAGAUUAGCGUGAGCAUGAAAACAGUUUUGUUUCUCUACAUUAUUUAUAAGAUAAAUGAUGCAUUAAG